AUGAUUUCCGACGUCGUGCACCUCACAAACGUUCGAGCAGUUGCACUGCGUUCUGGGCCGGAUAUGGUGGUCGCUACUCCUGGACGUCUGAUUGAUCAUCUGCAUAAUUCGUCAUCGUUUUCUCUCAACAAUAUCGAGAUUCUUGUUUUGGAUGAGGCGGAUCGUAUGCUCGAAGAAGCAUUCAAGGAGCAAAAUGAAUAG